ACAGCUGAGGCGGGGAGAGAAGGCUGGUCAAAGGAGGGCCGCUCGAAGGAGGAAGGUGCGAGGGUUUUCUUGGAUUUAAAUAACCUGACGUGUGCGGUUAUAGAAGGAGGAUUUUUAACAAAGGAAAUGAAUAUCAUUUGGGUGUGGACGGCCAUGGCGACUGUGGAGGUUGCUGUUCUGGCCGAGCUGUCGUCAAGCAGGCAGGAUCGGUUGCCGUGCACAAAGGGCUUUUCACAAGAGGAAUACUACACUAAAACUGAGUCAAAGAUGGCAGAAGGGCAGGCUGUGUUUAACGUGACAUUCAGGAACUGCGAUAAGGGAAAUGUCCAACUGAAGGCUGCAAAUACCUCUUCCUUCACUGUGAGUCAGGAAGGUGUGGUCUACACCAUACAACCACUGAGCUUGGGAGUGGAGGAAAAGGUUGAAGUCAUGAUCUAUGCUCAAGACAUUCAGUCCAACAGAAUGUGGCACACCAGAGUUCAUCUUGAGAUCAACACUGCACCAGAACAGGUAAAGCCUGGUGAUACAGCACUGACUAUAUCACCAGUUCCAGAGGUCCUGUUUCCAUGGCAUAGCCUGGUUGUUGGUGGAGAUGGCACCAUCAGGCGGGUAAAGAGGGACUGGGUCAUUCCACCUAUCAACGUUCCUGAGAACUCAAGAGGGCAAUUCCCAGAGGAUCUAGUCAGGAUUCGUUCAGAUCGGGAUAAGAACCGGAUGCUGCGCUACAGUGUGACAGGUCCUGGUGCUGACCAACCUCCAACUGGCAUCUUCAUCAUCAACCCAAUUUCAGGCCAGCUGUCCGUCACCAAACCUCUGGACAGAGAACACAUCCCUAACUUCCAUUUACGUGCCCAUGCUGUGGAUCUGAAUGGCAACCAAGUGGAGAACCCCAUUGACAUCGUCAUCAACGUCAUCGACCAGAACGAUAACAGACCAGAGUUUACACACACCAUCUUCAAUGGUUCUGUUUCUGAGGGAUCUAAACCAGGAUCAUUUGUAAUGACAGUGACAGCAGUGGAUAAGGAUGACCCAAAAAUGGCCAAUGGAAUGUUGCGGUACAAGAUACUUUCACAGAAUCCCCAAAGCCCGUCAUACAAUAUGUUUACCAUAAACAACAGGACUGGUGACAUCAUCACUGUAGCUGCAGGCCUGGAUCGAGAGAAAGUCCCUCAGUACACCCUGAUCAUCCAGGCCACUGACAUGGAGGGAAACCCCACUUACGGCCUUUCCAACACUGCCACCACGGUCAUCAGGAUCAUUGACAUCAACGACAACCCUCCUGAAUUCACCACAGACGCAUUCUUCGGUGAAGUUCAUGAGAACAGGGUGAAUGUAAUUGUUGCUAACCUGACCGUGACAGAUAAAGACCAGCCACAUACGCCGGCCUGGAGCACAGUGUACAGGAUCAUUGCUGGAGACCCCACAGGACACUUCUCAAUCCCCACUGACCCCACGACUAAUGAGGGCUUGAUCACUGUGGUCAAGCCAGUAGAUUUUGAGUUGACCCGUUCAUACAUGUUAACCGUGGAGGCAGAAAAUGAAAUCCCAUUGGCCCGUGGCAUCCACAUCCCUCGUCAGUCCACAGCAACUGUGUCUGUGAGAAUCCUGGACAUCAACGAGAGUCCAGAGUUCAGUCCCAACCCCAAGACUAUUAAACUGGAAGAAGGUCUGCCAGCUGGAUCUUUGCUCACAACUUUCACUGCCCAGGAUCCUGACCGCUUCAUGAGGCAGACUAUUAGAUACUCCAAGAUCUAUGACCCAGCCAGCUGGCUGGAUAUUGACCCAGUAUACGGAAGGAUUUCCACCAUCGCCAUCCUUGAUCGAGAGUCUACCUUUGUCAAGAACAACCUCUACAAUGUUACUUUCACAGCUUCUGAUAAUGGCAUUCCUCCUGCCACUGGUACAGGAACCCUUCAGAUUCACCUGCUUGACAUAAAUGAUAAUGCGCCCAAUGUGUUCCCUCCUGAAGUGGAAAUGUGUGAGAAACCAGAUGCAAACUCCUUAAAUAUCACAGCCAAUGACCCCGACUUGACUCCCAAUGCUGGACCCUUUGUGUUUGAGCUGGCAAGUCGUCCAUCAGAUGUACGUCGCAACUGGACCCUCAGUCGCCUGAAUGGCGAGUCCGCCCAGCUUCACCUGCGGAUCAGUUCUCUUGCCAGUGGCAUCUAUGAGCUCCCCGUUGUGAUCACAGAUUCUGGCAAUCUGCCUAUGUCUAACACAUCCUUCCUGAGGGUCAAGGUCUGUCCCUGUGAUCGCCAUGGAGACUGUGUGGACAUGGAGAAAAUGAUUGCCGCUGGAUUGGGCACUGGUGCUAUUAUCUCGAUCCUCAUCUGUAUCAUCAUACUAUUAGUGCUGGUACUCCUCUUUGUGAUGUGGAUGAAGAGGAGGGAUAAAGAGCGUCAGGCCAAGCAACUUCUGAUCGACCCAGAGGACGAUGUCCGAGACAACAUCCUCAAAUAUGAUGAGGAGGGUGGUGGAGAAGAGGAUCAGGACUAUGACCUGAGCCAACUGCAACAGCCUGAUGCCCUGGAGCCAGAGUGUGUCAAAGUGGGGAUCAGACGUCUGGAUGAGAGGCCCCUCCACCAUGACCACCAGUACCCCGUCCGCUCUGCUGCCCCUCAACCAGGAGACAUAGGAGAUUUCAUCCAUGAGGGCCUGAAGGCUGCAGACCAUGACCCCACAGCUCCCCCUUACGACUCUCUGUUGGUGUUUGACUAUGAGGGGAGCAGUUCUACUGCUGGCUCCCUCAGCUCCCUGCACUCUUCAUCAAGCUGUGGAGACCAGGAUUACGAUUACCUCGGCGACUGGGGACCACGUUUCCGCAAGCUGGCCGACCUGUACAGUGGAGGAGAUGACUAGCAUAAUCGGCCCUCCACUAAUGGAUCCCAUCCUACAGUCCUUGCUGCAAGUUUUAGGUGGUGGGUGGGCUAAAACAGGAAAUAUUGGAUUACAUUUGGGUUUUUGCUCAACACUUCUGUAUUUCAGUGGACCAGCUUGUUUCCGGGAUCUGCUGCCUCUUGAGGGCCAUCAAUGACAGCAAUGGACGAUGGUGACUCUUGGCCUAGCAAGGCCUCCCACUGAUGAGCAUCAAUGGGCUGGAUCUGAGAGUUAGCUGUUGUGCUUCUAAAUGUGUGAAGACUGAGCUCUGGCAGCCAUACUACAGAUACUUGCUGACACUUGAGUCUUACAGUACAGCAACACUGGGGUAAAAUGUGCCUUUUUGUGCAUUGUUUUAAUUGUGUUCAACUUACUAUGUUAAUUUAAAGUUCCUUAGGGUUUUGCAAUAGCAACUACAGGGGCACAUCCCAUUAUGAAUGUGUGUGUAUUAAUAACCCCCUUUAUUAUUUGUAUUAUUCCGUGUGAUGGUGCGCGCGUGGGUGUGCAUGUGCGGGAGAGAGACAGAGGAAGAGCGACAGAGAGAAAGACAGGGUCUGUGAAUCAUUUCUAUGACACUGGAAAGAUUAUUUAAAGGAAAAAGUCUACUUGGGACGUUUUGGAUGAUUUUACCAGCAAAACAUGGCUUUUCUGUGCAGCUAUGUGUCCUAAUAGCUCUAAGGAAGCACUGCAGGGUCAUUCAUGACAACAUAAUGAUAUUCAUUUGCUGUUGGGUUUUUGUUUUGCCUUUUUUCAGUACUAGAACUGUUUAAAAGCAUAAUCUUUUUGAUUAAAAAAAGUCAUUGAACCAAGAUAUUUCUAUAAAGCAUAUAUAGACAGACACAAACAAAUUUUUUCUCACUAUCUGACAUUAAAGCAGAUAAAACCCUUACAGAUGAAGGACCGUUAGGAUUACCAAAAUUAUAUCUGUUCUCAGAUCAAUUCGUGGAUUUUUACCUUUCUAUAGACAAGUUUAUAGAAAUUUCCUUAGGAUUUUGGAAAAUAACAUCUUAAAAAUUUAUGAUUUGGGUCAAACGUUUCCGUCCAAAGUGUUGCUCAUUCCUCCAGAGAGAAAGAGGAAACUGAACCAGGUUUGAAGAUUGCUCUGCUUACCCAAUUAUCUAUGCAUUAUCCAUAUGCAUAGGAUUACCAUCAACGCUUUCAUAAUGGCCUCAUUAAAGCAGUGAGGUUGGGGUCCUUUAGUGACUUUGCAACAUCCCUUGGGACAUUGUCCACUUGGAAGACCCCAGUGCUCAAUGUCCCAAUCUUCAGCUUCCUUGUUGAUGUCUUCAGGUGUUGCUGCAAAACAUUUACAAAAUGUUCUUUCUUUCAUUCAUGUUCAAAGUGCAUCACUCCCUCCUGCAGUAAAACACCCACACAACAUGAUGCCAUAAACCCAGCACUUCACAAAUGAGAUGACGUCGUCUGGCUUGCAGACUUUCUCAGUCUAAUAAUGUUCAUUAGGGCUGAACUCUUCAGUCUUAGUUUAAUGAGACCACACCUUUCCAGAAAUGUUGAUCUUUGACCCAGAGUGCAUUUGCAAAUCUAAUCUGGCUUUUUGGGGUCUCUUUGGAAUAGUGGCUUUUUCUUUAAGUGGCUUUUUGACAUACUUGUUACCUGUUUAUCUUUAGAGCGUAGAACCCAUCUCUUCCUUAUCAAGAUGAUGGUUUGACCAUUCCCAUGGUCUUUAUUCUUGGUUGAACAGAUUACCGUGUCUCCUCCAGGCAUCUGGAAACUGCAAAUCUUUCUGAUAUCAUUGCUGAUUUUCUAGUGAUUUCUCCUUGAUGUCAAGGAAAGAAGGAUUGUUUGAAGUGACACCUUAAAUACAUACACAAACAAGGAUUACAAUUACCUCGGCGACUGGGGACCACGUUUCCGCAAGCUGGCCGACCUGUACAGUGGAGAUGACUAGCAUCAUCGGGUUUGCCUCCAUUUAACUCAAAUAUUAACAAAUAACAUAUCCAAAGCCAAAAAAACCCACAACCUAAUGUGGAUACUGUGGUUUACUUCCACAUUAUCCAAAGGCAUGAUAAUCUGAGGCUGACAGGCACUGUAUGAUUGUUUUGCCUUAUUUUACCUUGGGCUUAUGGUCGCAAAAAAGUCAGCAUGAGUCCUGUAGUGGUCGUAGAUAGUCGGCAGGAAUGUUUGGCUUGAAAUCUUGUUAAUUUGAUAUGUGGUGAGUCUAGUCAGACUCCAGUCUGCAAGAGUGUAAAGGUAACCAAUCCUACCCAACAUCAGCUGUAGUCAAGUAUUUUUCAAUUUUCAAGCCUGGACGUAGUUGGUUAGUGAGAAGUAACCACAGAACCAACACUGAAACACUGAAAAAAAGAGAUUGGAACACAACUUCAAAUCUGAGUGUUAUGUUUUUUUUUAUAUUGUGAUGAUAAAGAAAAGGCAAACCACAAAAAUAAGGAAUAGAAAUUUAAGAAUGAAAUACACUAAAUACUGCACAGCCAUAUUUAAAUAUUUAAAUUCAGAUAUUGAGCAAACAAAUAUGCUCUUAAAUUAAAGUGGCAGUAAUUGAUAUGAAGGGGUUUUUACGUGCAGCUGAAUUUAAAGAAUUGAAAUCUUAAAAAACAUAUUUCCCAAAAAACGAAUUUUACAAUCUGAAAUUCAAAACUUAUUUGUGGUAUCCAAACCUCAUUGUUGUUUGUUAAGAUACAAAUUAAAACAUAUUUAGAAAAAAAUUCAACAUUAAAUCAUUUCAAAACCCUCCAAUAGCAUGAAAAAAAAUGUUCCAAACUCUCAACGCAAAAGUAUUACAAAUAAUAUAGGCAACACAUCAUCAAAAGCACACUUUCAUUUGAUUUUCAGAAUAACCUUAGUGUUUUAAAUUGCAACACGUUAAUUUUGUAGUGGAGUGGAACAGAAUUCAAUCACCACUUUUACUAGGACCAUUUAUUCUUUAACUCUGAAAUGGUUUCUAUUCACAGGCUAUGGAGGAUUAGAUUUUUAUUCUGAAAAUCUAAGUUAGGCUUACAUUUUCUUUUGAGUCUUUUUAUUUAUAUGUAUACAGUUUUAAAAUUCUUGACAAUUGUAUAGAAUUUAAGUCAUAUUACAUGAUGUAAUUAUUAUUCUUGACCACCAGAUGGGAGUGUCUGCAAAGUUUUGACUGUCCAUUUAUGGUUAAAUUCUGGCCCAAAGAGGCUCCAGACAGUGGCAGAGCUAGACUUUUUUUCAAGGGGUGGCCAAAGGGUGAGCAAGGCUUCAUGAGAGGGGUCCAUAUACAAAUGAUGAACGAAAGGAAACAAAUAUUUUCUCACACACACUCAAAUUAAAAUGGUUUAUUUAACAAAGAUUUGCCAUGACCACACAAGAUGUUAAACGACACUAUGGAACAGUGAACAUGUAAAUGUAAACUCAGAGCCCAGAAUAUGACCAAAAACAAAUUCUCAAAAAUAAAUAGAUAAAUAAACUGGUGCUUUUGGUGUGCAAUAGGUUGUGCUGGGUGGGGGCAGUUCAGUGCCAUUUCCUUCUGCUUCACGGUCUUCCUCCCCAGAGUCUGACUCUGAAUCUAUCACCCUCAUCUCUCUCUGGAACUUAAUUGUGAAAUGCAUAAACAGACACAAUAAAAAAUGCAAAAAGCAUCAUGCUAACCUUUACAAUUAGCCUUAUUGGAUUUUAAUACUUAAUAACUCUCUGUCACAGCCUCUAACCCGCUGGUGAUACACUUGGGCCUGGAGUCUCUUGGCUGGAUUAUCCAGGUUGGUCACUGCUGCAGGGUUCUGUCUGGUCCUGGUCACUGCUGCAGGGUUAUGUAUGGUCCUGGUCUGGCCCUGGUUUUUGCCUCUUUAAGAAGAACUGGGAGAUAUUCCCUUUUCUCUUCAUUAGGGCUCUCCAAAAAAUAAGAGCCUGGUAUUUAGACUCCAUGACUUUUUGGCAGAGACAACACUAUUUUAACUAUUAUUUAAAAUAUAGUUUUUAGUUUUCUGUAGCUAGCUAAAAUACUAAAUUAAAAAUACAUUAAUUAAAAUUAAUUAAUAUAACUAGUUAGGUUAUAAUUCAAAGCCUUCAUAUGACAUAGCCUACUUACAUUUCAGUCAUUAUAAAACUUAAUGGUUUUUCACAUAUUCUUACCACACAUUUCAAGCAAGAACUGGGAGAUAUAAAACAUUAGAGGGCAGCAUGUGCACUAAAACAUGUGUUAAAAGAAUCUGUCUAAAACACGAUCUAUCAGCACUAGCAUGGCUAAUAAACGAGGCACUAUGCAGCAGUGCACAACCAUUUUUUUUUUUUUUUUCUGUUUAGAAAUGUAUGACAAGUGCCGCCUCUCAUUAGGAAGGAAACAGCGGUUACCGCUGAGCGGUAAAAUGGAAAUACCUGCAAAACUCCUUGAGGUGUAACUAAAGCCACGGAUGUGUUUUGGAUCAAGCAGGACCCACAUGUCAGUUUAACCAAUGAACAGCGUCGGGCAUCGGGCUGCCUUCCGGGACAGUCGGAAAUUACAGUUUUCCUGGCAAAUCUUUGCCGAUCUCAUAAGUAUUAUAUUUUAAAAUGACCAUUUCCAGUGGGGUGGUAGUAGGGGUGGUAAGGGCUCUGUUGGGGGUGGCAAGUGCCACCCCCCUGGCUCCAGAGGAGUUGAUAAGUCCUGUCAGCUGAAGUGUGUGAUCCUCAGUCUUUGAGUGAGGAAAAAGGAAUCUGCUGAACUCAGCCGGUUAUAUAGUGUGAACUUCAAGUCUUUUCAAAAUUAGAAAAUUUGAAAGCUGUGCAGUGUGUGUACUGCUUUUGUAGACCUAUACCUUUGAAGAAAUAAAAAAAAAAACAUCAACAAAACUAUAUAAUAUAUUCUUUGUUGUGUUAUUAAGCACAUAGAAAUUAUUUUUGGUAAUCCUAGCAGACCUAAAACAGACGGAUUUAAUGUCACACGGUAAGAAAAAAAGUGUGUAUGCUAGCCUGCUUAUAAUCACAUAUUUUAAAAAUCUAGAUCAGUUAGGAUUCUAACAUCAGUUGCAUAAAAUAAAAAUGUGAUUCAGAAGUGAAAAUUAAGAGCAAAUAUUAAAGAAGUUCUGCAUGUGAUAUUUAAGUGACAGGUAUUUGGUUUUGACUGAACUGCUGAUGUUCAAACAACCGAAUUUUAUGGAAGACCAAAUUGACAUAAUAAGAAAUAAAAGCAUAAAUAUAUAUUUAGUAUUUCCUUGUCCUUACACAUGAGUUUCCAUCAAGAAAUGUAUAAAUUUUCUUCAUUUCCCCUAGACAUGCAACUGCGCGAGGCGUAAAUGCCCCACAAUGUCUUACGCAGUGACGGUUAAAAUUCAAUUGUUCUGUAGAGGAGCUGGACAUAGAAGGCAGUUCUCCUCAUUAACAUGAAGAUGAACACAGAGAAGCAGGAAAAGAAGAAGUAGAAACAGAACAGGAGGCAACGACAAAAGGAGGGCUUGGAAAAGACGAAACAAAAUAUCUACCUUUCUUGACAAAAAAGCAUGUUUAGGGGAAAUGAAAAAGAAAAUUUAUAUAUUUCUUGACAGAAAUGCAUGUGUAAAGACAAGGAAAAACUAAAUAUAUGUAUACUUUUAUUUAUUAUUAUGUUAGGUUUAGUCCUCCAUAGAAUUUAUGAUUCUUCUGUGUUUGAAGAAUCUCCAUCUGAUGAAUAAUAAGAGUAAACAAAGUCACUGUAGAGAGACCCAGAUUAAAUUUAUAUACAAAACUUGGCGGUCUUAAAGUCAUGCUACAUCAGUGCUUCCUUCUGGCUACUUAGAAGCAUUCUUAUAAUUGCUGACAUCAUACAGGCAGUGUAUAUUUUUUCCCAGCAUUUCACACACAUAUAGCUGCACUCCAGCAGCAACAUAAACCAGAUGAUUUCCUGCUACUCAGAUUUUUCUCUUCAAAUACAUUUGAAAAUUGUAAAUCCACCUCUAAACCAGGAACAAAUUCCACUUCUUGAAACAGCUUAGCAGUGUUUUGUUUUCCAGGAUAUUUUGAUCCAAAAUCUCCCUGUAACUCUAAGGCAAGCAGAGAAAUGGUUUUGGUUUGACUCAAAUAUUCAUUUGUCCUCCUAAAGGAGAAUUAGAAAACGGUAUAAGAUGAACUUAGAGUAUGAAGAAGAACAUACAGGAAAAAGAUUACAGUCUUAAACGAUGAAAUUUCCAUUUAUGCAAGGAAAAAUAUGAAAGCAAGAAACAUUGUUGACAAUUGAAACCCAGUCGUAAUAAUAAAAAUAUAUUAAAAAGCAUUUUUGCUAGUUUGAUAUUCCAGAUCACUUAUUCAGAAAGAGUGAAGCUUAGAAAGAUACUGCGUUUUAUAUCUUUCUCUCUUCAAAUAUGUUUGAAAAUGAUUAUAUCUUUUGUAUAUAUAUCUUUUGUUUAAUCAGAGUGUAAUUUUUACAGUUGAUCACCAAUAAAGGGUGCCAUCAGUGCAAGUUUUGCACAUGCUGCGGUGAAUCACACUCAGAAAUGGCAACGUUUCCUCUGAAGAUGAUUUGCCUUAGUGUUCUCUGAUAUUCUCCCACUGGCUACUUACUGUAAGCUUAAAUCUGUACAAACUAUUUUUUUUCUUGUGAUGUUCUUUUGGUUGUGAUCUAUUACAAUGACAUGCUUAUAUUCUGAAUCCUUGUAAAUGUCUAAUUUGGAUCACAAAUUAAAAUGUUUUUGCAUGUUU